AUAGCAGUCCUACCUAAAGAACAGCUCCUUCACCCUCGGAUGUUGUCGCCGCCGGGCGUCGCAAAUUUGUUGCCGCGGUUGAUUUGGACUCGACAGAUGGCUGUAAAUCGACUUUUAGUAGAAUCGGCGGCGAAAUCACCAGCCGUGAGGGUCGACGGCGCCGGAGAAAGCAGCAAGCCAUCAAGGGAUCCAAACCUUAACCCCCUCGUGGCAAAGGUCCGGCAACUGAUGAGCAGCGGUCCCAAUGAUGGUUGGGAAAAGUGUUGGGAGGAAGGAGUGACGCCAUGGGAUUUGGGUCAGACAACACCCAUCAUUUCUCAUCUUAUUCAGACAGGAAAACUUCCUGAAGGCAGAAUUUUGGUCCCUGGAUGUGGCACGGGUUAUGAUGUGGUUGCUAUGGCCAGCUCUACGCGCUUUGUUGUAGGCUUGGAUGUAUCAACUACUGCUAUUAAUAAGGCCAAAGAGCUGUCUUCUUCAUUACCAAAUGCAAGAUAUUUUACUUUCCUAGAAGAAGAUUUCUUUACUUGGACCCCACCUGAGCUUUUUGAUGUCAUUUUUGAUUACACGUUUUUUUGUGCUAUACAUCCCUCAAUGCGGUCAGCUUGGGCAAGUAAAGUAAGCGAACUUCUAAAGCCAAAUGGAGAACUUAUCACACUAAUGUAUUUGUUUGAUGACCAGGAAGUGGGACCACCAUACAAUACAUCUGUGGCAGACUAUUUGGAGGUACUUAAUCGUGUGGGUUUCAAGGCCAUUUCAAUUGUAGAUAAUGAUCUAGCUGUCAAGCAACGCAAGGGAGCGGAGAAACUUGGAAGGUGGAAAAAAAUAUUGAUUCAGUCAUCAUUAUGAUCGAAGGCUCUUCCGCUGGGUAAUUUUAUACAUCACGUACCAUUUGCAUAAAUGGGAAUGAAAUUUGGAAAUUGUAAUACAUAUUUAUAUUUCUAUCCCUUAAUAA